AUGGCCGACGCCGGACAACAAAGCCUCGACCUGUGCGAGGCCGAGCAGUCGGAGCUCGCGAGGCGCUACGUGCUGACCAGCGAGCUGUACAUCGAAGAGCCGUGGUCGCACGCGGGCCCGCGCUCCGUCUCCCCGUUCGCGCCGUGCGCCGCGAGCCGGCUGCCGCACGUCUUCGACGCGGCGAGGCUGACUGGAGACAGCGUGCUGUGGGACCUGGGUUGCGGGGACGGGAGGAUACUCCACGAGGCGGCCGCGAGGUACGGAUGCAGGUGCGUGGGGGUGGAGAUCGACGCGCCGUGCCUCGACAUGUGCAAAGAGGGCGCGUCGAGGCUGGGCGCGGACGUGGACAACAGGUGCUCGUGGUUCCUCCGCGACAUGACAUCCAUGCCCUCGGGGUCGCUGGGCACGGACGAUUCGCUCGGCCCGGACGUCCCCGCGCCCUCGGUGCUCCUCCUGUUCAUCACCGGUCACGGCCUCAAGGCGAUGUCGCCGUGGCUCAAGCGCGAGUGGGAGGAGGCGCCCACGCCGUUCGCCAUCGUCACCUGCGUCGAGGCGCUGGACUCGUGCAUCGACUACAACGACGGCGUCCCGUUUGACGACGCCGACGCCAACCCGGACGGAUGGCACGUGUACAGGGACCCGGUGCACGCCAAGUACGGCGUGUUCGUCGUCCCGCCCAGGGACAUCGGCGUGCAUCAGUGGGCGUCUUCGAGGCCGAGCGCCGUGGACUGCGGCCCGGACGCCGUCGCGAACCACGCGCCGGCGAUUGCCCGCGGGGUCCUUCGCGAAGCCGACAUUCGCGCAGUGGAAAAACUCGCCGCGAGGCUCGACGCCGGACGCGGGGGCACCGACGGAAAGGACGAUAAGGACGAUAAGGACGACGACGACGCGUCGGGAGAGGCACUCGCGAUGAGACUCUCGAACGCGAUGGGAGAGGGCGGCGACGACGCGUGGAGCGAGGUGGAGGACGCGUACCACUCGUUAAAAACGCACCGCGUCACGCACCUUCACGCGGACGACGCGCUCGCGACCGAGGCGCCCGCGGUUCGCGCGAGGCUUCUACGGGCCGCGUUCGACGCGGACGCGGGGCGGUGCGAGAGCGGGGGCGGGUGGGGUCUCCUGCCCGGUCGGCCGGUGUUUCUGAGGUCCGCGGAGUAUCACGACUACUCGAGCGGCGGGGGGGUCACCGAGGAGAACCAUAGGGACCAAGGGAGCGUGCUGACCGUGUCGGUGCAUCUCGAGGUGAGCGACGACGGCGGGGGAGGGGUAUUCGCGACGUGGGACGGAGACGGAACGCGGACCGAGUUCAGGGACUUACGUCGCGGAGACGCGGUGAUAUUCUGCUCGGAAAAGAGGCACGGCGUGUCGCCGCUCGUCGCCGAAGGCGCGGUGAGAAAGUCGGUGGUCCUCGAGCUCUGGGAGAGGGGAUCCACAAAACACAAUCGGCAUAGGUAA